AUGGGUUCUGUGAUGUUGGACUGGAGGUUAUCAUGUCUUCUUCUGCACGCAGCUGUUUUGCUGCUGCUCAGCAAGGGGGAGAGGAUGUGCCCUGCGAGUUGUCGCUGCGAAGGAAAGAUUGUUUAUUGCGAAUCUGGCAUCUUCCAAGACAUCCCAGAAAACAUCACCACAGGAUGCCAAGGUCUGUCUCUGCGCUACAACAACCUGCUGGUUCUGUUGCCGUACCAAUUCGCUCAUCUCAAUCAGCUCAUCUGGCUUUACUUGGACCACAACUCCAUCAAUGCUAUAGAUGCUUUAGCCUUCCACGGUGUGCGCAGACUCAAGGAACUCAUCCUCAGUUCCAACAAAAUAACCCAUCUGCACAACAAAACAUUCAGAGCCAUACCAAACCUGCGAAAUCUGGACUUGUCAUACAAUCAGUUGCAGUCUCUGCAGCCAGGACAUUUUUAUGGUUUGCGCAAGCUGCAAAAUCUCCACCUUCGAUCUAAUGGCCUGAAACAGAUCCUUAUCCGUACCUUUCUGGAGUGCCGCAGCCUGGAGUUUCUGGACUUGGGUUACAAUCGCUUGCGGAGCCUCACCCGCACAACCUUCUUAGGGCUGUUCAAGUUGAAAGAGCUUCAUUUAGAGCACAAUCAAUUUUCCAGGAUUAAUUUCUUUAUUUUCGUGCGUCUUACCAACCUCCAGGCUCUUUAUUUACAGUGGAACCGCAUACGAUCCAUCAAUCAAGGCAUGACCUGGACCUGGCACAAACUACAGAAAUUGGACGUGUCAGGGAAUGAAAUCCAAAUCUUGGACCCAGUGGUUUUCCAGUGUAUGCCGAACUUACAAAUACUCAACCUUGAAUCGAACAAGCUCAGCAGUGUGCCUGUGGAAGCUGUGGCAGCGUGGACUUCACUAACCAGCAUCAGCUUGGCAGGUAAUGCCUGGGACUGCACCCCCGGCAUCUGCCCUCUCAUGGGGUGGCUCAAAAACUUCAGAGACUCCAAAGACAUCAGUAUGAUAUGCAGCAGUCCAAAGUCUGUGCAGGGCGAAAGAGUUGUGGAUGUAGUGAGGAAUCACUCAACAUGUGCGGAUGUGUCAUUUGUGUUCUCAACCACUGCUCUCAUCAUUCUGACGUCCUCCCAAGCUGUGAACAUCACAACACACCUCUCUCCCUCUGGUGUUACAGACCUGGUUCGUACUGAAUCACCUGUACAGAGACUAAACACGUUGCCUGUCCGCCCUAGUGGGACAGAUAGAACAACAACAGAGUCCACAACCAUGAGCUCCACAUCAGCCAUCUCCCUUGAACCCCCUACAUCGUUUAUCCCAGAGCUACAAUUUGAACACAUGGCUUUCCAUAAAAUCAUUGCAGGCAGUGUAGCCCUGUUCCUGUCAGUGUCAUUGAUCCUUCUGGUUAUUUAUGUGUCGUGGAGGCGCUACCCCAACACCAUGAGGCAGCUGCAGCAGCACUCAGUCAACCAUAAGCGCAGGAAAAAGGCCCGCAAGCAGGAGCAGGACCUUAACUCUCAGUUGCAAGAGUACUAUCUGAGCUACCAUUCAAAUUCAGAAACAAUGGACUCUUUGGUGAAUGAGACAAGGCCGUGCACAUGCACCAUAUCGGGAUCCAUAGAAUGUGAAGUCUGAACUGCCCACUUCACCUAAAGAGACCAAAACUGCAAUUGCUAAGCAGAGGUAAAUGGUUUUUCCAUGAGAUUAAGUGGUUUUGUCUCUAAAAUGAGAUGAUAGAUUCUGCAGCAGUGAAGGAAAAACUUGAGGGCAUAGUACAAUAUAAUUAUGUGCACAGGAAAGAAGACAGGAAUGGAGAGAUAUAUUUGGAGCUAAUUAUCACCCUGACUGACAUGAGAACAGUGGCAGAUUCAGCCAGGUUAGCAGUGUACGAUCUAACGUAAGGACUGGACCACUGACACAGUAGAAGCCAGCUCUGUAGAGAGACUGACCUUAUUCUUAGUCAAACUAUAUCGCCAUAGAACAUAUGAACCUUCAAAGCCACUUUUUAAUCUGCUAGUUUUGAUUUUUUUUUUAUUAUUUAUUUAGGAUAAAUGUGUGCAAUGUUGAGUGUAUGCGCGUGUGUGAGUGCGUUAUGGGGAUGAGCUGGCAAUCUCCUGGUUUACUGACUUGUGGUUGGAAGGGUUACAGUGUGGCACCUUUUCCUCACAGAUACUAUUUGUCCAGUUAAAUUGUUUUGCAUUUGGCGCACUAGAGCAGCAAUUAGAAGUAGCAGUACCACUAAAAUGGAGGAUCAAUUGUAGAGAGAGCAUCUUGUCCUGAGAUCUUUUGCAUGAAUUCAUUCUCUUAACUUAGGAUUCCUCUCUCUCAUAUUAAACAAUCAGCUCUAAUUGAUGAUAAAGUAUGCAUUUCAUUGUGGUACUAGCCAAACAAGGGAACCCUAUUUAAAACUCACGAGUCUAAUCUCAGGACUGAUAUUUUCCAAGAUGUAAAAAUCUGCCAGGUCCACUGAAGGCCUUGAUGUGUCAAAAGUAAUGAUGUUGGUUUUCAUAAAGAAUUUUGUAUUGAUUAUUCCUAUCAUUAUGAUUAUGCAUUGUUUGUGUAAAGACAUGACAAUAUGGGUACUAGGCAUUCUAUGUGAUAAUGACUGUAUAAUUAAACGAAACACUGACAAUUGAUGGACAAUUGUGUGUAUGCUGAGAAUAUCAAUGACUGGUGCAUCACAUUGAGAGAGGAAAAACCUUUCUCUAAAUCCAUGCAUUGUGCUCUUGAUGUUAUACAUUUCAUUGGA